AUGGAGUUUGAUGCAAGUUUUAGAGACGAUUUCCCUUUCCUUUCCAGCCUUUUUCCGGAAAAUAACUCCAAUUCUCCCUUCAAACCUGACUUUAAUGGCUCCAAUUUUACUUUGGCCGGUGAAGCUUCUGCUUCGGCUUCUUCAUCAUCUUCCAAAGCCUUGGUUCACGACUUCAAUCUCAGCCAAGACCAUGAUAGCCAUGACUCACCUCCCAAUCCUCACCAUUUUCAUCACUCUUCCAUCGAUGGGUCCACAAAGAAUUCUUUCUUUGAGGAUUCCUCAACAUUCACCGAUCUUUUUUUCCAGCCUUACACCGGUGGUUUCUCCGAUGACCUCAAUGAUUAUGUCCCUUCCAUGUCGUUCACGGUACCGGAUCACGGUACGGCUUCAAACAAUGGCCUGAUUUUCCAAUCCUUUCAAAGUACUGAACCCUGCUGGGUUUCUUCUCAAAACAAACCUUCAGCUCAACCCCUAGUCUCUCCGCCAGAAACUGACGACCGUCGGAGUUAUCAGCUGCAACACCAAACGCCUCCGCCUCGAGCGGUGGCCGCAAGAGUGGGUGAUGAAGUCUCAUGCGUCACUGCAGAUCAAAAUGGGAAUCACAAUAAUAAUAAUAAUCAAGACAAAGUUGAUGAGAACAACAGCAACGACAGAAGGUUCCUCAAAUCCAAAGGCUUAACAGAGCUGUUAAGAAAACUAAUGUUGUCAAAGGUCAAUGGACUUGUCAAGAAGACAGGUGAGAAAUUAACUUUUUCUCUUCAUCUUGUUAUAUUGCUAGUACAAGUGGUAUCAAGGCAUGGAACUAAGAGAUGGUCUCAAAUCGCUAAGCUCCUAAGCGGGAGAGUAGGAAAACAGUGCAGAGAGAGAUGGCAUAACCACCUGAGGCCUGAUAUUAAGAAGGAUUCAUGGAGUGAAGAAGAAGACAGGAUACUGAUUGCAGCCCACAGAGAAAUAGGAAACAAAUGGGUAGAGAUAGCCAAGAGACUCCCUGGACGCACCGAGAACACUAUAAAGAACCAUUGGAACGCCACCAAGCGAAGGCAACCUCCGAGGUGCAAAGGCAAGGGCCGCACCUCUCCCGCACCCUCUCUUCUCCAAAACUACAUCAACUCCGUUAGCUCCACCUCAGCUUCCACAUCCACAUCGACAUCGCCUCCAAACACCCAAGAUGACAACCAGGAAAUGGUGUCCGAAUUUACCAACCCUGAGACCAGCCCUAACCCACACUCGGUGCAACUCGAAGACUCAGGUUUCAACCCAACGAGUUCGAAUAUGGAAGCUUUUAAUCAUCAUGUUCGUCGUCAGCGUCAACAGCAGCAAAUGGACUACAGUUUCGGAUCAAUGUUUGGAGAAGGUAGCAGCAAUGCCAUUGAGAAUUUCAUGCUUCCCUUGGAAAUGGAUUUGCUGGAGAUGAUCUCUCAAGGAAAUCUUUAG